GUAUCCAAAGCGCCACAAUGCUACUGUUUAUUUCUCACAUUUAACAAAAUGGCAUUUGUAAUCGAAUGUAUUCACACUCACUGGUGUCAUUAUUAUUACCGUGAAACUGAUAGGGUCAAUCUUGUCAUCGAGAUACUUUUUUUGUUGCACAUUUAGUUCACUGGUGUUGUCAUGGUGAUUUGUGUCGACUAAACAAAAGGCGAGUGAAGAAGGUGACCUUUGAAUGAUGAUAGUUGCACCUGUUUUGUGAUACACCAGACCUAGAAGAGGCAUGUAUAAAGUGGAUUUGCCGGUGGACAACUCCGCGGAUGUGGCAGUGGAACGCCGACGGGCCGCAGAGGCUGCGCGCCAGGCUCGCAUUUUCAACACCAGACACCGAGUGAUGGGUCUGGAUCUCAAAGCACUGGAGCAACAGGUGGCGGAGAACAAAGAACGGGAGGAGAUGGCGGGUCAGAGAGAGAGGGCUUUCGACAUGUUGAGAGUGACUCAAGAUGAAGUGUUGAUGAAACAGCAGCAGGAGGAAGAGGAGAGGAGAGCAGAGUUAAACAGAGACCUCAUCCAGUACCGGGCCAUCCGACAGCGGGCAGAAGACACCCGGGAUGCUGAUCUCAAUGUUCACCUGCAGGGGGCGCUCGGGUUGUCCAUUCCCAUCCCAGAGUCUGAGCUGGGACCUGCCAGUAUGCAAGUGUUCCAGGGAGAAGGCAUUGGGGACAAUGACAAGAGGAGAGCUCAGAUGGAGCAGACAGAGAGAGCACUACGAGCACAGAGAGAACAGAGUGAGAAACUACAGAAGGAGAAUAAACUCAAAGAGCUACUGAAAGGCAAGGAGCUGGUACAGCAGGACCUGAGGGCUGUUCAGUUAGACGCUCUGGAAGAGGAGUGUAAGAGGGCUGGCCGCAUCGCUCUCAACAACUACAACCAUGCUCAGGCUGCAGAGUGUGUAGAGAAAGAGAGGAAGGAGCGCAUGUGGAAGGAGGGCAAGGAGAUGGCGGAGGUGUGGCACAUGGUGACAUCAGACAUCCUAACGGAAUGUCCCAAGGCUGCAGAGAGACAAGUAGACGGAGGCCCAGUGGGCGGGCCCAGGGUGCUGACGGACAGGUGGAGGGGGAUGAGCCCCGUUCAGCUGAGCGCUAUCCGCAGGCAGAGAGAGGAACAGCGCCUAGAGGGAAAGAGGCUGAGGGAGAUUGAGAGGCAGAGAGACGCUGCCUGGGACUUCCAGCGCAUGGUGCAGACCCGAGAGGAUGACGAGGAGGAGAGGAAAGCGAUGGAGCUGAAGAAGGAGAAGAGGAUGGAGAUGGACCGAUACAAUGAACAGCUGGCCAGAGAGCAGCGCGAACAUCAGCAGUUCCUGUCCAAGACGCUGUACACCAACAGACCCACGGCCCAGUACUUUACUCAGUUCAGCAGCAGCUCACGCUGAGAUGACCAACACAAACUCACCGCACAAUACUGGAUCUCAGAUUUAGACGAUGUGCACAACACAACAAGCAAAUAAAGUUGAUGAUAUAGUCAUA